UUUCAUGGAGGUACGUGAACUCCCGUUGCCGUAGCAGCCUGAAACGGUCGGGUUGUGGUAUUUUGCUUGCUGGGCUAUGAUGGAUAUUCAAGAGAGUGAUUUGGUCGGCAGUGGGGAGAAUAUUGUUGACAUGAAAGACAUGGAAGAGGAAGAUUUUGCUAUCUCGAAAUCCUCAGACGCCGACGCAGUUUUUGAUACCGUAAUUGGUAACAUAGAGGAAAUCAUAAUGGAUGAUGAAUUCCAAAAUCUUCAACAAUCCUUUAUGGAGAAAUAUUACUUGGAGUUUGAUGACUCAGAAGAAAAUAAGCUCAUUUAUACACCAAUAUUUAAUGAAUAUGUUGAUCUUUUAGAGAAGUAUCUGGAACAGCAGCUGAUGCAGCGAAUUCCUGGAUUUAACAUGAAUGACUUUACAUAUACACUGAAGCAACACAAAGAUGAAGUCUCAGGGGAUAUUUUUGACAUGCUUCUCACCUUUACAGACUUCAUGGCCUUUAAAGAGAUGUUCAUUGAUUAUAGAGCAGAGCGUGAGGGACGUGGAACGGAUCUCAGGGCUGGCUUGAUGGUUAAAUCUUUAAGUUCAUCUGCCGCCACAGCGGCACCAGGUUCUCUCUGAAGUUGGGAGCGAUGAGAUCUCAUAUAUUGUAGCACUGACCCAUGUCACUCAUGUAUCCCUAACAUCAAAUUAAUUCCUAAAUAACCUCCAACGUCUUAUUUAUACUUCCCCCUAAGUAGUUUGCACCACGUUCAGGAGCCUAAUCUCUGCUGCCUUAAGUAUAAUGAUGGGGAACUUGAGUUUGCUUUGGUUUAAUAUUUAAACUUAAUAUUUUCUGGCAUGUCUCCUCUCACAGUAUUUGUAAGGUAUACCAAGGGAAUUGGAUUUUCUUUUUGUAUCAGUGGGUUAUUUUGGGUUAUUUUAAUUUUAAGAUUUUCAUCUACUUCUGUUUGGCCACUCCCUGUAUUUUUAUCUUUUACCAUUUACACUGCAAAUAUGUGCUUACACCUCAUUAAUCAAAAGGGCUUCUAAAAUCCCCAGAAAGCACCUGCCAUUAAAUGUCUUAUUGUAGAGAUAUUGUGAACAGUAUAUGGCACAAGGCAUACAGGUCCAGGCAUGUGUACUGAUGGCCGGCCUUUCCAGACCUUUUAUUACGUGGGUUUUCUGUCCCAUAUUUCUACCUUAGUCCUUUUUGUCACUUUAUUAGGUUUUGGAUAACUUUUGUCACAUUGUUAGGAGAUUGAAAAACUACUUAUUUAACACUUCGUAUUGUGAUUUCUUUUAUAUUGUCUGAAUGUUCUACCAUUUCUGUUGUACCAAAUGAAUGCUUUAUAUUUGUUUUUGGUUGGUUUUUUUGUGUGUGUGUGUGUAUUUGCCUUUGAUAGUAAUUGUAAAUGUGGAUCUAUGUUGAAUAAAACAUAAUACAUGUAAUUUAAUAUAUUAAAAGCUCACCAAAAGAUAAA